UAUGAAAUUAAAAAGUUUAGUAAAGAUAGUAGGAAAUUUGUGAAGCUAAAGAUACAACUCCAUGAAGCAUUAGUUCCAAUUUCAGGGUUUUAGGUUUUACAGAGCUGCCAUGGAAGAAGCUGAAGCUGUAUUGGGAGAUGGAGUACAAAAUCCGAGGAUACGAGGUAGACAUAUCAAGAAAAGAGCCCUCAAGAACAAAGCCCUAACUGUUUCUUUCGAUGAAAAAGACCUCAAGGAUUUUGUUACUGGGUUUCAUAAGAGAAAGAAGAAGAGAAGAAAAGAUGCCCAAGUUCAAUUGGAACAAGCCCUACGGAGAAAACGUAUUGAGGCUCGUAAAAAGAGAAAGGAGGAGAGAGAAUUUGCCAUCUUUGGUGGAGCAGCGCCUGAUUCAGCUGCUGUAACUGAUGAACCCGAUGAGGACCUUGACGUUGAAGAGGAAAAUGAGCCUAAUGCAACAGUCUCAGGUACUACAACAUAUGACAAUGGCGAUGUGCAAGUCAUCGUGACAACAAGUGAGAUCUCUCGUGAAGAAGAAGAAUCCCGAGCUCAAGUGCCACCACCAUCAUCAAUAGUUCAACAUGCUAUAGAAACUAAAAACAGCAAACAAAACAUUCCGGUAAGUAAGAAGAAACCAUUCAAGAAAUCUGCAAAAAAGAGAUCUCGACCCAAGCCACAGAAUAAGAGAGAUAAGAGGAAAGGUAAAAAGAAGAACAAGAAGCAGCAGCAGUAGCAUUGUUAU